AUGCCAAAGUUCGCGAUCGAAUCCGACCUAGAUCUCAAAGAAAUCUUUGUGAAAUUUGGCUCUGGGCGUGUCUUCUCUGCUGCCAUGGACGACUACUCUCCUUUGACCGAUGAAUCCGUCUUCCUUUCAAUGGCUAAACACAAGGCAAAGAAAAUGAGCUUUUUUGAAAAGGAAAUAGAGCGACUUGAGCAAUUAAAAAUUGAAGAAGAAGAUAUUCAAUACGAGAUUCAAGACAAAGAGGACGAAAUAAGGUGUAUCGAAGAAAACAUACAAGAAUACAAAGAAAGUAUCCAGGGUGAAAAGGAGCACAUGAGGGAGCUCCGAGUAAGAUUUGAUGAAGACAUGAAAGAAGCAAAUGAGCAAAUUGGAACAUUCGAUCUGGGAUAA